GCCUUGGACGGCUGCAUCUGUUGAAUUCCUGACUUUUCUUCCGAACAGCAAAAUAUGGCACCGUUGACACCGGAGGACAAAUCCCGCGCCAUCCACGCCCCCAGGCAGGCCCUCCCUCCCUGCCUCCCACCUCAGGCCACGACGGAGAGGAGGAACCAGCGCCGCGUGAAGCCCUCUGGCCCUCUGCGGGAGGUGGCGGCAGGGUCGCUCCUCCCUUCCGAAGCGCCAGGGCUCAGGUUGUUCUUGGAAACCAGAAGCCUCCGGUUCUUCUUUCUGGCCGGAUGGGACCCGGCUAGGGAGCGUCAUGAAUUUCUGCCGGGAGGCGUGAACGUGGGACUUCGCUUCUUCUUUUUAACGCCGAAGAAAGGGGGUGGGAGUGGGGGCAAAAAGCCGGCGAGGCGAGUGCGAGCCCCUCUCGCCCAGCAGCGCGUAAGCGAGCACCGCCGUGGCUCCUUCCGUGGGGCUGCUUGCUUUCAUUUCCACGGGGUUUCGGUGUAAACCGAGCGAAGAUCCUGCUGUUGACUUGCUCUACGGAAUAAAAUGAACAAGAUGAAAACGUUCAAGCGCCGCUUUUCCCUUUCAGUUCCCAGGACAGAGACUAUUGAGGAAUCCCUGGCAGAAUUUACAGAGCAGUUCAAUCAACUCAACAACAGGAAAAAUGAAGAUAUGGCACAAGGACAUUUACAUCUGGCUCACCUGAAUAAGGAUAUCCGAAUGCAGCCCAGUUCUGCCUCACCUUCGGAAGGUCGGUCCCCAACUUCUGUGUACUACCGAAAUGGCAACCAGCGCCGCUUUUCUAUGGAGGAUGUCAGCAAGCGUCUCUCUCUGCCCAUGGAUAUUAACCUGCCCCCAGAAUUCCUCCAAAAACUAGAAAUGGAAAAUCCAGAGAUUUCUAAGCCUCUCAGCAGGAUGUCUCGGCGGGCAUCUCUGUCAGACAUCGGGUUUGGAAAGAUGGAAACCUAUGUUAAACUGGAAAAGUUGGGGGAGGGCACUUAUGCUACUGUAUUUAAAGGACGCAGCAAACUCACCAAGAAUCUUGUUGCGCUGAAGGAGAUCAGAUUGGAGCAUGAAGAAGGGGCACCUUGCACUGCUAUACGGGAAGUUUCCUUACUGAAGAAUCUAAAGCAUGCCAACAUUGUGACUCUCCACGAUAUCAUUCACACAAAAUGCUCCCUCACUCUUGUUUUUGAAUAUCUGGACAGCGACCUGAAACAGUACCUAGAUAACUGUGGGAAUCUGAUGAGCAUGUACAAUGUGAAGAUUUUCAUGUUCCAGCUGCUUCGUGGUUUGUCCUACUGCCAUCAACAUAAGAUCCUACACAGAGAUCUCAAGCCACAGAAUCUGCUUAUUAAUGGAAAAGGAGAACUAAAACUUGCUGACUUUGGGCUAGCCAGAGCCAAGUCUGUCCCAACAAAGACAUAUUCCAAUGAAGUGGUCACAUUAUGGUACCGACCUCCUGAUGUCCUACUAGGAUCUACAGAAUAUUCCACUCCCAUAGACAUGUGGGGCGUGGGUUGCAUACACUAUGAAAUGGUCACAGGACGUCCAAUGUUCCCAGGAUCCACUGUGAAAGAAGAACUUAAUUUAAUAUUCAGAAUGUUGGGAACUCCUACGGAAGAAUCUUGGCCAGGCAUCACAUCCAAUGAGGAGUUCAAAGCUUACCAGUUCACACAAUAUCGAGCCCAACCCUUGAUAAAUCAUGCACCCAGGCUGGACACAGAAGGAAUUGACCUUUUGACAAAUCUCCUCCUGUAUGAAGCCAAACAACGUAUCUCUGCUGAAUCAGCUCUACGACAUCCCUACUUUAUGAUCUUAGAUGAACGAGUCCACCUUCUUCCUGAGACUACCUCCAUCUUCUCUUUGAAGGAAAUUCAACUUCAAAAAGACCCUGGCUGCCGAGGGUCAAGUUUCCAGCAUGUUGCUCGAGGAAAGAAUAGGCGGCAAAGUAUAUUUUAAGCCUCUUAGUUCAUUCAUCCAAUCACUGAGAAGAUGGAAGCACUGAGAAGAGAGAGGACCACUGGAUCCCAGAUACUCCAUCCCAGAAAAAUAAGGGGUGGCAUCUACUGUACAAGAGCCGUCUUGCAAUCUCAGGCAUGCAGUAUAGCUAUUUCUCAAAAUUCCACCUCUUUCUCCAGUGAGAAAGGAAGAGAGACAUUGUAAAGCCUCGGCCAGCUCCCAUUCUUCAUACAGCAAUUGGACUGCCACCUGGGCAAGAAUCUGCAUCCGAUGGUGAGUGGCCUCUGAAACAAUGAGGCUGCUGUUCUAGAUGGAAGCAAUCCAGUCAUGGAAUCCACAUCAGCUUUGCUUCUUCAAUGUCUUAUCAUAACCAAUGUUUUGAAUUCCAUUAUUUUCCGCAUCAUGAGAUGAUUUCUAUGACGUCUUUCGGCUAUGAUGAGUAUGAAGUAACAGUGGAAAGCACUGGUGUUUAUGCAAAUCCCUCUCCCUCUGCCUUUAAACUGAAAAAAAGAAACAUGAAGGUUUAACAAGGGCAGCUACAAUAACAAUUUAAAUUACUUUUGAGUUACUUUUGCUCUAUUUUUUUUAAGAAACGUUCUCAAUUCUAAAAGGUAAAAACAUUCAGGAGAAAGGCUGGAGUAAGGAAUGAACGUGUUUUGAUAAAUUUUCUUAGGCCCUUAUUACUUAGGCAUAGCAAAGCAUAUACUAAGUUUAAAUUUACUUCCAUAAGAUUUCAACUAGCAGACCAUGCUUUAAAUCAGUCAUAUUUAUCAGAAACACACAGGUAUACAAAAGUUAAAAUCAAGUCAUAAAAAAGAUUAGACAGUAUUUUAAUCUUUAACAAGUUGACUCUAAAACUGAAAAAAACUUGAUUUUUUUCCCGUUUAUAUUUCUGUAUUCCUGUACUGAAUCCUCUCAGUAUGGUUGCUAUAUGAAGAUACAACUGUUCUUUAUUGUUUGUCCCUGUCACUACAGAAAUAUGCUUUAAAGUCACAAAGCAUCCUUGGUAAACUUGCCACAUCCUUGGUGACUCUGUUGCAAACAAAAAAAUUCUACACUCCUAUGUGCAUUUAUGCUUUUCUCAAUAUUAUUAUGCUAGCAAGCCUAUUCCCUAGGAAGUAUGUCUAGCACUUCAGAUGAAUCCCCUUAAAUCUAUGGAAAGUAAGGGCUGCUGAUCUAUUUUUAUUCCUGAGGUCAGUCAACUCACUAGAGGGAUGGUAAAACUGGAAUGAAAAAGCUUGAAACCAAUUUCUCCUACCACUCAAAAUACGUUAUGCAACUGUUCCACUUUCUUAAUGAAUAUUAUAUGUUAAAACAAAAGUUGUAAGAAAGGAUGGAAACAAGGACAUUAAUUUUUGGAUCAAACACAUGCAAAAACCUAAGUUAUAAGUGAAGAUGCAAAGUGAAUGUGCAAUAAAAACCUAACUAGAAACAUUUUUAUGAGGAAAUCAGAGUGCUUCGAGACUGAGAGCAGCUAGCAUUACCAAAACCUUCUUCUUCUUUUUUUCCUAAUAGAAAAAGGGUGAAAGAAAUUGUGAAUAAACACCAAGUGUUUCCAAGUGGAAUACAACAUUUUCUAGAUAUAUUCCUCCUCUUAAAAAUUCAUGAAUGAGCCAGGACAAUUGCACAAUAAAAGCCUUGUUUCAAAGCACCCAAAUUAGCAGAUUGUGUAUUCAGUUAAGGUAUCUCUGUGAUGCGACACAAGAUUAUAGUAUGUCUUCCACACAGCCUAAAGAAAAGUGGUGGGUAACCUAGUUCCUAUUAAUACCAUUGUGCCCUGAUUGUGCCCUGACCUCUCCCCUGAUACUUCCCCCCACGCAAGUUCCUUAUCUUUGCCUUUUAUAAUAUUUUAAUUAAAACCUAGUUCAGUUGAAAAAUGGGCAUAUGGCAAAAUGAAUAUUAGCCUCAGGGCCCCACAAGCAUUUGUAGAAAAUAGCAGCUCUUGAUGCCGGCAGCACAAUGCUUUAUUUGAAUUUAGGCCCAUCGGCUCAGGAUAUAAUCCAGAGUGGAAACAAGCAAUGAUGGAGGGGUAGGAAAGCGGUGUCGAAAUAAAAUUACCUUUUGAUAAAUCUAUUGUUUAUGAUUUCCACACUGAUAAGAUAGAUAUUCUGUUGUUACAUGCUCUCAAAAUUGCAGUAUGCCCAUCAUAUCAUUGCCCAUCUCUGCUCUAGAAAACUAUUCUUCAAUGCUUCAGUUUUAACAGCUGUUCAAUGAAAAAGUUUACUUGAGUGGCCAUUUGCCAUUUGUGCAGUAAUCAUUCAAAAUUUGUUCUGUUUUUGUUUUGUUUGUUUCUUCAUUUUGGAGUAAAAAGUAAGGAGGAAUCCACUUGGGUAGUAGAUUCCAUAAGAUGCACCAAAUUAGAGCCACCAACCUCUGUAUGAGAUCCAAUUCUGAUGGGAGCGAAGGAAAAAACAUUGAUCUUUCACUUUGAAAAUGUUUUGGUUAUCAGUGAUUCCCUUUUGUAAAACAAAGACAAAAUAUAUCUAGAUUUUCUUAAGGAAAGAAAAGGUGUUGCACAGAAAUAGAUUGAUCUCAUCAGCAAUGAAUUAGCAAUGGUCUAAAUACUGGUAGUAAAGAACUGCCUAGCUACUUAAACUAUUAUGUGAAUUUCAGCCUUUCUUCCCUUAUCCUUAGUGUGCUUGCUUCCUCACUCAGCCAUAAUACCCUGGUGACAAAAGAAACUAUAACUGACCCACUUCCCUUUCUUUGCAAUUUCUAUAGAUCUAAUCCACUGGGAACCUAUAAUGCCAGCAGAUCCCUUGCAACCACAGGCUUAAACCUUCAAAGCUCCCUUGUCUACUUCCUUCCUGCCAAUAACACACAAUCAUUUCUCUUAAAUGUUGUGUUGUGUUUUACCACUUUCUCCCCCAUAAUUCCCCACUUGGGUACGGUUUCCAAAAUGCCCAUUUUUUAAAUCAGGUCUCUGCUUCCCAGGCCAUUGCUCACUUUAUCCCUUCCCUUCAUCAUCUCUUAACUUACAUAUGCAGCAUUCCUUUUAUAUUCUCAACACUAGGAAGCACAUUUUAUGGAGAAUACCUUGUUUAUAUCCUCUUAUUAAUUUAUCACAAACCUGUUCAUCAGGUUUUCCUUUUGAUUCCUCUUAAGCCACUGCUUAUUUGUAACCAUCAUGUCUCUAGCUCUCACUUCCCUGCAGGGCUAUUUCCUAACACUAAGUCCUCAGGGAGCCUAAAUUCCUGAAAGAAAUUUCUUCCCAUUCCAUCACAGAAGAAGCUGAAAAUAUGAAUCAUUAUUUCUUCACCAAGUGGGUUCUGUUUCAUUGCUGUUGCUCAACCAGUCAGUAUUAUUUUAAUUCCUUCCAAUACUAGGCUUUAAUGGACCAAUUUUUCUCGGUUUGGCUAUUUCAAAAUAAGUUAGAUAUUCUCAUUAUCACUCAGUUAUAUGGUUUUGGAACUUUCAGGAAACAUCUUGCAUAUCAUUAAAAUUCAAAGAAAAAAAUACUUGAAACAUAUCAACAGACAAGGUCCUCCACCGAGGAUAUACAGAGCGGCAAGGUGGUUGCGCUCUGGCAUGCCAAUUAUGUUAGUAAAGGCCAAAAGAAAAAUGUCAAGCUGAAGGGCUUGCUUGGGAUUUAAGAGCAAAUCCACCCAGCCUCCCUGCCCAGUAAUCAUUCCCUCUCGUGUUAUCUCAGUGGUUUUCCACAACUGAUGGCUAUAUUCUGCAAGGCUAUUUUUGCUAACAUAGAUGCUGCGUUCAAACAAUGCAGGGCACUUAAUGGUCAUUGGAGGAUCAGCCUGAAAUUACCUGUACUAUGCCAGCAUUGUCAAGGCCGCAGUAAAUUCUGCCUGUUUCUUCAGUCCUAUUUGGGCGUCAAGGAAACCCAGAUUUCACCACCAGGGUCAGCUGGUUAACCUUGGGAGUGAAAGGUCCUGAAAUUGACUAGCCCAUCUCUGAUUUUCACUUAGAAUGGAUGCAAAAAUAGACUUGUCUCUGGUGCUUCUGUAGCCUGUAUGAUUGGCAAUUCUUUUCCCAAUGGCUGCUGUUCCAAGGAAAUCCUGUGGUGCUUUGCUCCCUCUAUUUACAUCUAUUCUUAGGAUAAAUUACAGCUGUCACACAUUUCAUAUGACUAAGUCCUUCCUCAGAUGCCACUCUUACCCACUGGUUGAAUCUCAACUACCAGAUCUGGAAACCAAACUAAGGUUCUUUGUUGCUAUAUACAGGUUAUUAGGCUGACCAGAUGACCCCCACUUUCAAGGAAUAAAAAUAGCAAAGUACAGUCAAUCAGCAGAAGAAUGGAAAGGGGGUAACUUAAAGCAUAGUGCAUGUCAACUGGAAAAAGCUUUUCACCUUCUGGAUAACCCCGACUGGAGCUGGAAUUCAUGAAUCUUAAAAUGAGGUGCCUUUAAUCUGGACAGGCAGCAUAAAUGCAUUUUGGACACGUGAUAUUAUUCUGUGGGGUAUUCUGUGGGGGCAGCAAGAUUUAGGUGGCAUAUUUCCUGUCAGCUUUGAGAGGGAAUAGGAACACCAUAAACAGUUGUGUGGUUAUGGAGUAAGCCUAAUUUUGUUUUGAAUGAAGGAGUCAGGUUAUUGCAGAGGUCUCCAAACUUGGCCACUUUAAGACUUGUGGACUUCAACUCCCAGAAUUCUCUAUGCUCUAGCUAUGCUGGCUGGAGAAUUCUGGGAGUUGAAGUCCACAAGUCUUAAAGCGGCCAAGUUUGGAGACCUCUGGGUUAUUGUGAUGAGCACCGUGCAGUUAGAAAACUUUCUUUUUUAUGUGAUGAAAUUUCAAAAAACAGCAAGGAGAGAAAUGUCUUUUUGUUUUUUCUUUCCCAUUCUUCAGAAAUCUCUCUUGCAUGUAAUUCUGCAAUUAAUUGUUAAAUGAAUUGUGAAACACAUCUUUACCAGCUUUUUCCUUCACAUUAUACAAAUGCGAAGUGGAACUUAAAGUUUUUUUCUGAGCCAGCAUAUUAGAUUAUAUUAACAGUGAGACAUAUCAUGGAAUAAAUACUUUGACCGAUUAAAACCAUAACCAUAACUGUUUACCCAAUGUCACAUUCACUUUUUAAAGAGUUCCAUACAAAAGAAUGUUUGCUAAGUAUUGAAAGGAAAGCAGUAAUUUUAGUACUGGAUUUUGCUGGCAAAAGUUAAGACAUUUAUCUGGGUUUCUUUUAGACAAAAUGUUUGCAUAAGAAAUAGAUUCAGUAAAGCAUUUAAUCACAUGCUAAUAUUUUGCACCUAGACUGACAUAUCACUGUCUAAAUACCAUAGCAGUUUGGUGUGUUACUAUUCCUAGGAUGAAACAUGGAGAUAAUCAUUGCCUGUUUACAAUUAUUUAUUCAUAGCUUUUUUGUCCUGCUUGUUAGCAAGACAGGGCUUGCUUCAAGGUUGUACAGUAAUUACAGCAUAGAAAAAUGGGUGGGGAAGGAUAAGUGAGAAAGGAGAUUCAGACUCAGUUAUUAAAAUUAUAAAAUUCUUACAAAGGCCAAAUUGAAACAAUUAUAUGAGGUUGUAUCCAAUAGAGUAUUUAUUUCCUAUUCCUUCCUGUUUUGAUCAAAUGGCUCUAUCUUUGUGUCAGAUUCUAUUGGUAUAUGUUUCCCCUUCCUUGGCAUUCAGAUUACUUAAAAUAGAUUACGGUGCCAAAUGUUUUCUUAGUAUACAUUUUAAAAUUUGCUUCCUCUAUUAACACACACAUAAUAAUCUUGAAGACAACAGGACUUCCUUCAGUACACAAUGGCAUUGUACUAUAGUUAUUUAAACUCGUAUAUUUCCUUAUUCUUCCACUGUUAUAGCAUUCAGUCAAUACUUUCUCAGAUUUAACACAGUUGUGAAUCUUAUUGAAUUUAAUUUUAUACCUCUUUUCAACUGAGGGUUUAAUAAAAAAUUGCAGUCUAUUACAUCAAAAUUACUUGGGAACAGAUUUAGCCUUUGCUAAUAGUCACUAUGGUGAAGAAAAUUACAUGAUUAGAAUCUAAUAACGUGUCCAGGAAAAUACACUUUUAGGGAAAAAAUGCAGGCUUUCCAAUCAUCUCCUUUCUGGAUGUAUGUAAUUGCAGGAACAUACAUCUGAGCUGUGAUGUGAAUAAGGCAUUAAAUUAGGCUACAUACAUGCAUACAUCAAGGAUAGUUUUGUUAGCAAUUAUCCUGCAUGAUUGCAGGGUUUGCAUAGUUUUGCACUUCUUUUUCCUGGUACAUACAAUGCAUGAGCCAAUGAGGAGUCCAGUUCCUUCAGAAAGUGCCCAAUAUCCCAUGAUCCCCUGAGCCAAAACAUCUAAAGUGAAGAAUUAUAGAAUUGGGAAAGACGUUUUAGGCUCCAUUACUCCUGUCUUCUAAGGUAUUAGAAUCCUGUCUGAUUUAUCUAAGCCAUUGAUGAAAAUAUUAAAUACAGGAACCAAGGCUGAUACUUCUGGCAGCCUAAGCCACUUGAUGUUUCUAUCAAAUCUGAAUACUCCUUAAGUACAAUUUUCAACCUGGCUAUAAACGGUUAAUUGAUAUUGGCUAUUCUGGCUAUGUGGCUAUUCUGCCACAUUUUACCUGUGAUGUUUUGUAAAGGUAUUUCAACAGCUUUCCCAUAAUUCAUUAAAGAGGGUAGACAUUUUUUUAAAAAUGAGGUAAAAUUAAGUUGAUAAAGAUUCAUUCUUGUCAAAUCCAUGGUGAUGUCUCAUAAUCAUAGCAUUUUUAAGAAGUUUAGAGUUUAAGACGUAUGAUCUGAUCCAGAUUUGACCCAGAUAUCAAUGACAGACAAGUCUAUAAUUUCUUUCUCUUUUCCCUUCUUGAAGUUAGGGUAAAGACAACUUUUGCUCUCCAGUCAUGUGGCAUUUCACCAGUGUUCCAGAUUUCUCAAAGUUAGAAUAUUAGAAUAUGGCCAGAACAUCUCCUAGUUCCAUCGGUGACCUAGGAUACAGUUCAUCUAGAGCUGGAAGUUUAAACUCAUUCAGAGUAGAGAGAGAUUCCCUGAUCAUGAUUCAUCCAUCACUGACUUCGUCCCAAUGAUCAAAAGGAUAACAGUAGUGGUGGCUGGGGGCCUUAGAGUCAAUCCACUUGUGAAGUGUGUUCUUGGUUGCCAGUUGGAGCAAUGAGUUCUGUAAUGGAGAGGCUUUCUUGGUCAACUACUCUUCUUCACCAAAUCUUUUUGUUUCAUUCUCCUUUGUUUUUGGAAAACUAGGUUGGCAAAAUAGAGUAACUGAGAGAACGUUGGUGUUUUCCUGAUCCAACUGACAGGGUGAAAUUAGUUUACUCUAUAUAAAUCUAGAUCUGUUUUCAAUUAACUGUAACCUCCAUCGGGUUACCUGAUUGUGUUAAUUAACUCCUUUUUGGUGUGCUCACAGUAUGCUAAAACUUCCAGUUAUAUGCUUUUGGGAACAGGAUUGUUGGGACUUGGUCAUUUGGAACAAAGCACCAAUGUUUGCUUAGUUGAAACUAUGAAAGCAAACUUAACCUUGACCCAUGGAAUUCUUUAUCCAUGCACACCAGCAAUUUCACUGUACUUUCCAUUAUUCUCCUUCACUACUAGGACUUUCAAAUGAACAAAAAAACCCAGUGACCUAUGCUGUUUAAAUUCCUAACCUUGCUCACUGAAGACACAUGCAGAAUUUACAUAAUACCAGUGCAAAAGUCUUCAGCAAGACUUUCUCAAUUGAGAAAUACAAAGCUAUAGUUACCAUCUCACUAAACACAUAUGAACCAAAUAUAUUCCUUAUUUGGAUGACAUGUGGGGAAAGGUUCACCUUGUCAUUUAGUUUUAAAACAUAUAGUCCCUGCUAUCCAAAAAGCCAGCAGUCUAACUUAAAACAGGAAUGUUUGUGAUGCAUUUCUGCAAAAGUGACAAUAACACAUCUUGUUUAAACAAAAUAGAGGAAACAUUGUUUAGGCCAUGUACCAUUUUUUUUCUUUUCGUUUUAGGAUGUUAUUGACAAAAGCAAAUGGAAGAACACAAUCAAUAGACUGAGUUAAAAUUACGAACUCAGUUUUCCUUGUAGUAUAGAGUCUGUUUUAAAUAUAAAGAAAUAUGUUUCUGUAUUUGUUGCUUCAGCAAUUCUCUUUUAAAUGGUGAAACCACUUGUGGUGCUGGUGGUGAUGAAAAACAGUUAAAAAGUGAUGUGACCAUUCUGCAAGAUCUGCUGAAGCAAUUCCUGGAAAGCAAAGCUGGAUCUAUAAUUGUGCACCAUCUAGCAGAGAAUGUGGUCAUUUUUCUUCCAAAGUUAGUUGGGCUUAAAGUACUUCAGUCCCCCUGAAAAGAUUUUUCCUAUGGGUCUUAGAGAGAGGCAUUACCCAAACUUUCUCAGAAGCUGAAAUUUGUUCCUGUCCCUUGUUCUUCCAUUGAGUAGCCUUGGUGGUUUCCUGAAAAAAUUAUCAGGAGGACAUGGCAGUUUAUUAGACCUUUCCUAGUUACUAAUGUCUGUUUGAGAUUACCCUUUUGUUCUAGCAAAUUUCAGUACAUAUAUUUUCUAUUCAGCCAAGUGAUAUUAUCAGCAAAUAUUUGGUGUUCUGAUGUAUGCAGCUUGAAUUACUAUUCCUCUGUACCUGCUCACUCAUAUGACUUGGCAGAUGGAAUUUCUGCUGAUGUCUUUCUGCUGGACCACAUGCACGCUGCCCUUUCCUUUAGGUCUUAGAAAAAACUUGCAAACCAGAAAGACUUUGGGGGGGAAAAAAGAGGCUGACAUUUUCUAGCAGAGGUGGUAAUACAUAUUGAAAUGUUAUCUUAAGAUCCAGAUUUUCAUUUUUGCCUAUGAUUGGAGUCCUUCUGUCUUGGCUGCUCUAAUUACUUAAUAAAUGUGGUUUGCAAAUUAAUCCAACUAGCCAGUCACUAAACAUGGUGAAACUUUAAUUCAGAUUGUUUUGUAAUUUGUUGUUGCACAAUUGCCCUACCUUGUUCAUGAUGUAGAUCCAGACAAUAUUGUUUCCACUAGUAAUUUUCCUAUUAAAUUCUUCCUUACAAAGAAAUAAAUCUUCCAAAUAGACAGUUCCUGUUAUCAUUACUUAAAACAACAUUUUUCCCAUUCUCACAUAAUUUGAUAAUGGAUGGGAAAUCGGUUACCUUCCAGAAGUUGCUGAAACAUUAUUUGUAUCAUCCUUGACCACAAGGGCAGUAAGGAGAAUUUUUUUAGCAACAUCUAGAGUGUCACCAAUUCCCCACCCCUCCUAUGCACCUGCUUACUUAGGAAUUGGCCUGUCAAGAUCAUCACACGCACUUGUAAUAUUCUACAGACCAAAAUCCAACAUAUGGCUAUACACAGAACUAUGUUUUACAUUGUCCAGUCCUGUGUUGCAGAAAACAACAGAUAAAUGGUUUAGGCUAUAUUUCUAUAGUCCCUGAUGAGCACGUAACUGCUAUUUAAAUUCGAGUAAUUUUGAAUUGGAUAGACAUAGGUUUGAGAUAUGAAUUAGUAUCAGAAUGAUAAUGCUUUUAUAAUGUACUUGGGAUCUGACCUGUACAAUCACCUGUCUUGGUCAUUGUAUGAUUAUUCCCCCAGAUUAUGCCUUCCAGAUGUAUUGGUCUACAACAGGGCUGUCAAACUCCCAGCCCGCAGGCCAGAUGCAUCACGUGCUGGCCACGUCCACACCCAAUUUAGCGAAGGGGGAAAAAGUCUCAAUACGUCAUGUGACACUGCCAUGACGAUGUGAGUUUGACACCCCUGGUCUACAACACCCAGCAUUUCUAAUCAACACAAGGAUGAGAAUUGAAGCUUAACAUAUGGAAGUCUCCAAUUUGAGGAAAUCUGCACUAGCACAUUCUCUGUUUGCAAUAAACUUCAGAUAAGUCUGUUUCCAAGACAACAUUUGCCUUUUCAUACAUAAAAAUAGAAAACACACCUUUCUUACAUGCAUUUUAAUGCUAAAGAAAAAAUAUUACAGAAAGUAAAUCUAGAGAAUCAUUCUGGGCUUGUCUUGUGGAAGUAAAUCCUAACUAAUAGGUAGUUGAUUUGCCAACCAAAUGAGUCACCCAACUGCUUUGAAACUCAUCAAAUUUGAUACUCAAUGCAUUCUGACAUGAAAAUUUUGUUCAGUACUCAUUGUUUGUUUGGUACUCAAUGCACAAGCUAGAACUUGUUGGUGUUGGCCUUGUGACUUAUGGAAAAGAUUGUUUGGUACUAAUCGUUUUUGAUACUCAUCACACCUCCCGGAACCAAUUCACGAUGAGUACCAAGAUACCAUUAUAAUUCCAACUCCACCUCUAUCUUCAUCCAUAAACUGGCAAGCUUUGCAGAUAUCUGCCCAUUUAUCUGAUUUUGGAAAGCCUAACUUCUACAUUUAAUGUUUACAAUUGCAACAUUUCUUUUCCAGUAUCACCUUUUUCCAUGGAAAAGAAUUUUUCUCCCUUUUAUUUCCAAAUCCAAUUAUACUUUUUAUUUAUUUAUUUUAUUUUUAUUUUAUAUCAAAUUUAUAUACCGCCCUUCUCCCUGAGGACUCAGGGUGGUGUACAGCCAAAUAAAAACAUAAAUUACAAACAUUAAAAUACUAUUAAAAAGAUAUAUAUAAAUUUGGCCCCGUAAUUAAAAAACAAUGAUAAACCAAUUAAAAACAUUUAAAAGUGUUAAGCCAGCACAGCUUGCUGGAAAAAAAAAGUUUUAAGGGCACAGGGGAAGGCACCGAGGUCUUGGAUUCUCCUUAUCUCUGGGGGCAGUUGGUUCCAGAGGGUAGGUGCCCCCACAGAGAAGGCCCUGCCCCUGGGGAUCACCAGCCUACAUUGUUUGGCUGAUGGCACCCUGAGGAGGCCCUCUCUGUGGGAGCGCACAGGUCGAUGGGAGGCCAUCAGUAGCAGCAGGCGGUCUCAAAGAUAACUAGGUCCUAUGCCAUGGAGCGCUUUAAAGGUGAUAACCAACACUUUGAAGUGCACCCGGAAGACCACUGGGAGCCAAUGCAGCUCACGCAGGAGAAAUGUUGUAUGGGAGCACCAUGCAUCUCCCGUAACUACCCGCGCGGCCGCAUUCUGGACCAGUUGGAGCCUCCAGGUGCCCCUCAAGGGGAGCCCCAUGUAGAGAGUGCUGCAGUAGUCCAGGCGAGAGGUGACGAGGGCAUGAGUGACUGUGCGCAGGGAAUCCCGAUCAAGAAAAUUUAGUCCACAUUUCCGCUCUUUUUCAUUAGGCUUCUGAGAAAUCAAAGGACUGUCCUGCUUGCCUAUUUACUUGUACCGGUCCAAGGGAAGCAAAAUCCAGUCUGCUCUUUUUAAAAAGUUGCUCUUUCAUGAAAGUGUUCACCAUCUGGUAGUGCCGAUAUCACAGACAGUACCCCAAAUAUGAAACUCAGCUUGCAAGGCAACCCUAGUAUCUUCAAGCAAUGACUUUUGCUUUUUCCACUUUUGAUUACUGGCUCUAACAUUCAGUGAUGGUAUCAGGGCAGGAUUUGGGGAAGAGAUGCCCGGCACCCACUCAGCAUGACCAGAAAAGCUCCCAAGUGUAGCAAGACUGCUUUAUUAAAUCUACCAGUAAUUAAGCAAUAGCCAGAGCUCUUUUUUUAUAUAACUAAAUCCAGAAUUUAAAAUUAUCUAAUUCUGUGAGUGUUGACUGCAUGUAUUCCCAAAUCAUGAGACUUGGGGAGACUUUAGCAAGGAAAAAAAUUGCCUUCCCCAUGUUUUUCUGAAAUAUCUUAUAUUCUUCCUUUCCUUGGUCAGAUUCUUGCCCUCACUUUAAAAACAACAGGACUAAAUUAAAAUGUGACCUUGAGGCUUGUUGGUUGUUCUUUUAAAAAAAACGUGCUCACUUAUUUACCGAAAAUCUAACACAAGGGGAGAGCGUGCAGGCUGAGGUGCAGUACAUGAUUUCAGCAGGUUAACUCCUUAUCAGCUGACACCAGAUUCAAAGCCAUGUGGAAUUUUCAAGGUCCUGUCCUAAAACAGUCUGAUUGCCCAGGGCAAAGUAACUGGCCUCCAUUGGGUGAUUUCAGUUCCCUAGCCUAAAACUAUUUCCUUUUCGGGUACAACGGGGUUAGAGUGUGGCUCUACUAACCCAGGCAAAAUAUGUGUAUCAUACUUUAGUCCUUUUGGAUGAAAAUAGGAUAAAAAAGUAAUGGGGUCUGCUAAUGGAAAAGUGCAAAUCAAAACCUGAGUGGCUGCAUCUGUAUCAGCGUUACAUCCCGUAUUCUAGGUAAUGUGUGGAAUGUACCCCUAAGCCGAAUCUUGUCUCCUGCUUAAUGUCAUCUUGCAGUAAAAAAAUUCCAUAUUAUUCAUUGCCCAUUUCUAAACGUAGUGGUUGUAUAAGUUCAUGUGUUCAACUCAGCACUGUAUACAUUCCUGUAAAAAGGUUUGGGCAUGAUUCAUCUUGAAAAUACUGAUAAUAUAUGGAAACUUGAUAUUAUUGUACAAAUAAAAGACAAGUGUAAAGGUGAUUAUUUUAUCAAACUUCUGCCGGGUAAAGCACUUCAGAUUUUCUAACAGAAAGUUUUUAAAUAAACUGAAAGAGUGACAAGGAUAAAGGUAGCAUUCAUGCUUGCUUGAAUGUGUGCCUCCACAAUGUUUUAUAAAUGGUAGUUUGAGAGAUUCUUUGCUACAGCAUGAAUAUUGUGUUUAUUACUUUAUUCAGGCUUACCUUGCAAAAGUACUACUAAAAAUGAAAUUUGAAAAAUAAGGGGCUGUUCAGAAUAGAGAUUUUGUUUUGAAAUGUAGAAAGAUACAAUAUCAGUCGCUAAUGUGUUUUGAUUUUCAUUUAGAAAGGUUGGUUUCCUUUUUCUUGGGAUGAAAAUCCUUUUAAGAUAAUCUCUUUAUGUAACUCCAAUGUUGUUCAAACCUUUGUUUAGUUAUGGAAAACACUUCAUCAAUAAAGUGAUAGUGAUUGCUCCCUC